CGCUACUUAUUGCUCAACUCUAAUACCAAAAAAAAAAACAAACGUGGAACAGCGUGAGAUACCCAAAAUGACAAAUCUACGCAAAGAGCUAGCGAAAUGUAAACAUCCCAACAGUCGCAAAACUAAGGCAUUGGGGAAAAAAGCACGCCGUCAAAACAACAAACACAAACUACGUCUAGGUCAUGCCAUCAAGAGUAAUAUAACUGGCGAGAAGCUGAGUUGGUUCGUAGAACACAUAGAUGAAGGCAGGACAGAACCAUUGACGCCACAGGAAUUUGAAAAUUUAAUAGCGAUUUAUCUUCAGCGUUUCGAUGGGGAGCUUGAACAAAUUGCGCUAAAGCAGUCAAUUGGGAAACAUCGUGCAAAUCAACAUGCAGCGCGCAAGGAUAUUAUCACAAUAACGCUGGAAAAGGAGCGUAACGAGUAUCAAAGUGGUGGUUUGGAGUUGCUGAACCUGUGCGACGCUGUCAAGUUUAAAUCGCUUAUGGAUUGGGACGGCAACGCGUUAAGUAUACAGCAUUUGAAGCUUGAUUUGGUUUCUCAUAACAUGCUGCAACGGCUCAAGCAAGCACAACCGGCUCCUAAUGACGAAGCGCCAUCAAGCAGUAAAACGAAUGCUGGACAGAUGGAAACAUGAUGGACUGGUAUUAAUAUCUUGGCUAAUUUGUACAAAUUCUCACAAAAUUUUACAUAUGAAUGUAUUAAUAAACGCAUAUACAUAUAUAUGUAAGUAAA